GCCCGGAAGCGUGACAACGAGCAGGCUCCCAGAUAACCGCGAACAGGAAAGCUUCUUGUACUGGAACAUCCUUGUGCUAUCGCAAUCUGUUCAUCUCCUUGACCAACCUUCGAGAACUCUAGAAAUUGAAGGUGAACGUCAUGUCUACACCAGCGAAACCCACCGACACCCCGACAAAAGGCUCAAGCGGCGCCGAAUCGCCCACGACUGCCAGACCUCUAGAGAUGGACGACGAUGACCUUCAAGAAUCCAGUGUUCUGAGCGGUGAUGCGCCUGCUGGAGCCAAGGCUGCCACUGUUGAAGAGGUUCCGCCGCCGAAGCCACCACGUCCUCUUAGUCCACAGCAGCAAGCCGAGAAUACUCUCAAGGAAGCCUUCCCAAGCAUUGAUGCAGCUGUUGUUAAAGCAGUGUUGACGGCCAGUGGUGGUCGUAUUGAGCCCGCUUUCAAUGCUCUACUAGGCAUGACUGAUCCUAAUGCGAGAGAACCGACUCCCCCACCACGACCUCCUCGGCCAACUGCCCAGCCUGUUGGGUCCACCCCGCAAUCUCAACUCGAGGCCGACGAACAAUAUGCCAGACAACUCGCUGAACACUAUGGUGGUGGUGGAUCUUACGGGCCUCGGAGUACCAGUAGGGGUAGCGGCAGCCAACGAAGUCGACAGCAAGCAGGCUUCAGGCAAAACCCAACGUACGAAGAGAACCACAGCUUCCUUGAGGACGACCUUCCAAUCAUCAAAGAGAACUUACGUAAAGGAUUCCUUGAGACGCAGAGUAAAGUUAAUGGAUGGAUCUCAAAUCUGAAAAAGAAGAUUGAUGGUGAAGAUGAGGAUGAUGAUCCUCAACCGCAAGGUUACAGCGCUUCCUCCGCAAGAGCCCCAUACCGUUCUCGCAGAAGCGGCGAUGGAAGGGAGAGUGGAGAUUACAAUCGCUAUGAUGCGGAUCCCCAAGUUCUCAGCGAUGAUUUUGCUGGCAUUCAAAUGAAUGAUGGCGCUCCUCCUCGCCGGUCCACACGUCCACUCGCCAACCCCGACCUCUUCAAGCCAACCCCCGCGCCCCCAAGACCUUCCGAAGGUAGGAAAGUUUCCUUCCAAGGUGGUCCUCCGGAAGAAAUCGAUCUCUAUCGUUCUUCGCCAAAGCUAGCCACAGAAAAUGCGCCGCCAUCAGGCAAGCAGAGUAAAUGGCAACCCUUGUCGACCGUUGACCCCAGCCCGAUCGGUGAUGCCGAUAAUGAUCCAUUCAGUCUUGGCGAUAGCGAGGAUGAGAAAGAAUCGAAAGACCGUGUCGGAGGAAAGGAGAUCAGGAUGGAGGAUGCAGAGAGGCUUAAGAAGGCUGCCGCGGAAGCCCCAGCGGACAAUAGUGGUGAACCAGCAGCGAAACCAGAGCCAGCCGAGACAAGCGGGACGAAGGAUAAGGUUGCGGAGGAGUUGACGAAGUCCUGAAAUGCUCGCGGAGGCAUUGCCGGUGAUGAAUGCCGAAAUUGUUAUUAGCCAAUGAAUUUUGCUCUACCCAUAGUUGUUGAAUGAUAUCCCGAAUGA